GUCGCGCCGCCGGCGCCGGCGCGCUGUCAUUCGCAAGGAACGCAAGCGCCGGACGGCCGCGCUGCGUUACCUCACACAAACUCAACAAAUCUACCCUCAUCUAUAAAACAAUAAUAAACAAUUUAAAUUAAUAAUAACAAAUCAAUUUAAUUAUUAAUUCUCGUGAGAAACACGCCCGAGCCGAGUGACAGUUUAUCUAAUGUGUUAGUAAAUAAAUAUAUGUUAGUAAUUAAUGUAACUUCGAAGUGAAUUGGGACUAAGCUGGUGUUUGUGAUAACGGAACUGAGACAGUGGAAGAUUCAUGAGUUCUUUUAAGAUUAUGCCAUUGGAGAGACCGAUUCCUAUCUUGAUUGAAAAGAGUCAGAUGAACGGUGAGCACGCCGGCUCGCAGUGCGGUCUGACGUCGCUGCUGCCGAUGUCGUGCCGCGGGCGCGCCGCGGCGUUCGCGCGCGACUUGCACUCGCGUCUGCGCAACCUCGGCGCGCACGACACCGACGAAAACAGCUGGCUCGCCAAGGAGAACGGCGCGCCCCACCGCCUCCCCAACCCCGCCCAGCGCGACAUCGACACAUUCUACGACUUCGAGCUAGAAUGCGAGAGCCCCUCCAGCCCCGUCGACGAGUUCGGCCCGCCCUUCAACGACCGCUCGCCCACCGACGACGAGCCCCCUUUCUACGAUGUCGACGGUGAACCCGCGGAACAGACCAAAUUGAUGAUGCCCGAAAAGAAAAAGAACGGAUUCAAGUUCUCCACAGCUUUUUACACGGAAGGGUCUCCCGUGAAAGUACAGCCGGUCGCACGUGAAAAUGGCACUGCCGAUAAAAAACUGUUUUCUCCGAUCACAUUUGAGGGCUGCGCGCGACAUAACAGUUACGAUGAAAUCGACUGCAUUGCCAAGCCCUCCACAUUGGAAACAGACAGACUGAGUCUUCCCACACUUAACAGUACGACCAUAGACAGUGAUUCGGAAUUUGAAUCAGCAAAAAGCGAACAGUCCGAAAGUGUCGAUGAUGUAUUCUCGAAUGAAAAACGACCAACAAACGAUGUCUCGGCAGCCUUGGAAACUGUAUCUCUUGCAGAAGUCGAGCCUAUUGAAGAGGAAGUAGCAGUAGAACAAAAUGAAGAAAUUAAAGAAAAUCACAUCAAUGUAGAAAAAAAUGCAACAUUAGAAAUAGUGACCAGUGAAGUCCCCGAUGAUAAAGAAUUAUCCCCCGUACCAGAAAUUGAGCCGUCACUUCUUAGCGUAGAAACAAAUGAUGAAGAGGAGCACGAAGACACAGAUGACAGACCUCAGAGGGUUCGACGAUGCUCGUCUCUUAAAACCGGUAAAACACCACCGGGAACACCGGGACGAAAGAAAAUCGUGCGCUUCGCGGACGUUUUGGGUCUCGAUUUAGCGGACGUCAAAACAUUCAUGGACGAGAUUCCUGUCAUUCCAAAGUCAGCGUACGAUGACCUGACGGGAUGCGACGUUGCGAGCUCGCCGCCCGCGCGGCCGCCGCCGCGGCUGGGCGCGCUCACGCUCGUCCCGCUCUUCGUGCUGCCGCGCGACGUCACCGACAAGCUAGAAAUACAGAACGUGUGUCUGGAGAGUGCUCGGGUGUGUGACGGUGUCCACGUGACGAUCUGCGGUUCGGUUCGCGUACGCAAUCUGGACUUCAACAAGACAGUGCACGUUCGCUACACGAUGAAUAAAUGGAAAACGUAUACGGACCUGCAGGCUAAUUACGUUCAAGGCUCGUGCGACGGGUUCUCGGACCGCUUUCAGUUCGUUCUAUACGCGCCGUGCAUAUCGUCCGGGCAGCGCCUGGAGCUGGCCGUCCGCUUCCAAUGCAAAGGGAAGCAGUUUUGGGACAACAACUGCGGAGCGAACUACUGCUUCGACUGCCUGGCGCUGGGCGCGCUGGCGCCUUCGUCUUCGCCGCAGAGCACGCCGCUGCACCCGCAGGUGGAGUGGCACCCGUCCUUCUACUGACGCCGCGGCGGCUGACGCCGGUGCCGGGCGACGGAGGCGACAGGGCCCGAGUCCGAGGAGCGCUCCUCACUAGUCACAUUCCUGUGCCUGUUCCAACUGCGGUCAGUUCCUAGGCGGUACUCGGCGACGUCCUAUAUUAUGGAGGCUUCGAGCUGUAAAGCGUUAUUGUGAUACAUUUUAGCGUAGGUAGGUGUAGAUAUUAAUGCGACGAGUGCGCGACUCGUACCGAGUGCCAUUUGCAGUAACGACUUUUCGAGUUAAUGUAUAUUUUAUCGAAUCCGUUUGUUUUGUACUUGUAACAGUAUACUAGUGUCCACGGGGACAAUAAAUUGUAGGAGUAGGGAACUGGAGAGCGGUUCAGGGCAGGAGUGUCCUGUUCGAGAGAUCAUUGUGAAUGCUAUCAUAUUUUAAUACGUUUAUACAAACAAUAAGCCUUAUAUAUAGAUCUACCUAUGUCGAAUUAUGAGCCGAAGCGUCACGUAGUUAGAAUGAUUUUAAUAUUCACUCUUCUGUCGUCUUAUUGAACUGUAGGUAUUCGGUAAAACUGUUUAUUAAGAUUAUAUCUGUGGUGACAUAAUAAUCUCACCCUUGUUAGAUCGUUGUAAUGUUUCUAUU